GCGUUGAUUCAGUGGCGGGAAAAGCCGCUCCUUCUUGGGUAGCGGCUGCUAGUGCUGUCUGGUGGCCCAUCGAGCCGGGAAUGGAGAAGCAAUCCGAAGAGCAAGCCGCCGCCGAGCCCGCGGACUCCGGAGGGGAAGGCGGGCCGCCGCAGGUCGCCGGCGCCCAGGCGGCGCGUCCCGAGGACCGCAUGACCCUGCUGCUCAGACUAAGAGCACAGACAAAACAACAGCUCUUAGAAUAUAAUUCAAUGGUUGAUGCAAAUGAAGAAAGAACUCCAGAACAAAUCAUACAAGAAAAGCAAAUUGAAGCUAAAAUUGAAGAACUGGAAAAGGAAAUUGAAGAGGUGAAAAUUGCUUUUGAAAUGAAAAAGCUUGCAUUAGACAGGAUGCAACUUUCAACUGCACUUAAAAAAAACCUGGAGAAAAUGGACAUCAAGACUAGUGUACUCAUGGAUAACAUGACACAGAUAUUAAAUCUCAAUAAAUUAAUAAUGAAAUUACAGCAGGAAACUUGGGAUUUGGAGGAAAAAUUGCUUGAUGUUAGAAAGAAGAGAUUGCAGUUAAAACAAGCUUCAGAAAGUAAGCUUUUAGAAAUACAGACUGAAAAGAACAAACAGAAAGGUGAUUUGGACAGUAUGGAAAAUUCAGACAAGAUAAAGAACAUACAACAAAACCUGCAGAAGGAGAUACAGAUUACUACGGUUAUUCAGCAUGUGUUCCAGAACCUCAUUUUGGGGAGUAAAGUCAACUGGGCAGAGGAUUCUGCCCUUAAGGAAAUGGUUCUGCAGCUUGAGAAGAAUCUCACCAUGAUCCAGUAACAAAUCUGUUCUGGCAUUUUUUCUGUCUCUGAUGUCAUUUAAAUUGCAAAUUUCAAGUGAAAUGUUUUUUCAGUGUUCAGUUUGGAACUGCUCUAAUACUGCAAUUUUAUUUUAGCUUGAGUUAACAUUGUAUUGCAACAUGGAAUAUAUUGCUUUAAAUGUAACUACAGAGACUGGCAUAUUCUAAAAGAAUCCAGAAAUCUCAGCCUUGGAAGGGCUCCAAAAGAUAUCUACUCCAGCUUUCCACUGAAUGUGGACAUUUCUUCUAUAAUAUUCCUGGAAGUCCUAACUCUCAGUUGGAAUACUUCUGUGUAUUUGUUUGUUAACCAAAAUAUUGGAAAGUUAGAAAAGCCUAUCCACAUUUUUACUUCUUUUCCACUGUCAUUGUAUUUUAUCAGAUAAAUUUCAUUUUAGUUC